GUUUGCCCCGCUUGAUCCGCUAUACAUCAGUUUGAACGUUCCAAGCAUCUGUCCAGCCACACAAUGGUGUUAAUUACCGCAGAUCUCAUUCGAAAACGUGCAGAACACAAUGAUGGGGAGAUAUACUCCCUUGAAGAAGUGGCUUUACAUCAACAAAAUCUUGAAAGGAUUGAGCUUAUUGAGAACUUGUGUAAAAGCCUUAGAAUAUUAUAUCUACAAAAUAAUCUCAUUCCAAAAAUCGAAAAUCUAUCAAAGUUGAAAAAACUAGAAUAUUUGAAUUUAGCUCUAAAUAAUAUUGAAAAAGUGGAGAACUUAGAAGGUUGCGAAUCCUUGAAAAAGCUAGAUUUGACAGUAAAUUUUAUUGGGGACUUGUUUAGUAUUGAAUCUUUAGGUAAUGUGCAUUUUCUUGAAGAACUUUAUUUAACUGGAAAUCCGUGCACAGAAUAUCCAGGGUAUAGAGAAUUUGUGAUUGCUACGUUACCGCAAUUAAAAUUGCUAGAUGGAGUGGAAAUAACUAAAUCGGAACGCAUUAUCGCAUUGCAAAACUUGGAACGUAUUCGUCCAAUCAUAGAAGAAAAACAAAGAGAGCACGGAUUGAAAAGAAAUUCUGAAAAGGUCGAAGCAGUACGAAGAAAAGAAAGAUUCGCCAAGGCAAAUACAGAUUCCAGUUAUACAACUAUGGGUUUAGAAGAAUAUUGGUCUGAAAAAGUUCCUUACACACCCGAAUCACGAAUUGAAACACAUGAAUAUAUGCAACAAAAAGAAAAAUCAAGACAAGAAACAAAAAACUCAAGGAUAGAACCGCGAGUAAUCACAAAAUAUUUUGCCGAAGACGGCCGACCAUACAAUAUCAACACAGCUAAGAUAGAGUUCAACCUCAAGGAAGAUAUAUUAGACGAUCACGAUGUUUACAUACUCGAUGUUGCUGUAUAUAAGCAUAUGGAUACAGCUUUGAUAAAAUGCGACAUACAAGUCAAUUACGUUCGAGUAACACUUAAAAGAAAGGUUUUCCAACUAGCUUUACCAGAUGAAGUUAGAGCCGAUGCUUCACAUGUUAAGCGUUCUUUAACGACAGGACAUUUGCUGAUUACUAUGCCAAAGGCAUCUCAGGAAAUCAGAAUAUCGGCAAAUAAUGAACAUAAAAGUUCUCACGAAAAAACCAACAAAACAAAUCAUAUUUUUGUUCAGGAUUUUAAUAAGCCAAACGCUACUUUUAGUGAACUCUCUGGAAACAAUUCAUCAAAAUAUAAGAAAUCGCUUCUUCACAUCAAAAAACAAUCGACGACCCCAAGAAUGUACAACGAAUAUAUUGAAGACUGUUCAGACGUUCCACCGCUUAUUUGAUUCGUGGGAUUUACAAACAAACCGUUUAUAUUUUGGACUGUUAAUUUUGAUUUAUGAAUGUGAACAAACUUAAGUUUGAAUAUUUAUUUAGAAAGACACUGAUUUAUUUUGUUUUCCUCACGCUUUGCAUUUACAAAAUACUACAUGGUACUUAGCCUCACUUUCAGGAAAUGAGCCUCUGUUUGAACUAAAGAGAAAGUGCAUUGGGUUUCCAGAGGGAAAAGAAUCUGAAAUAUCUAUUUUCUAUUGAUCCGAAUAAACCUUGAGAUGUUA